GCACGUGUCUAUGGUCAGUUCGGUUGUGAGCCCGAGGAAUACAAUACGUUCAAAAUCGGAUGUGAAUUUGUUCCUUUUCGCGCGCGUGUGACUGAAACUUGUUUAUUUAUGAGAUUAAGUAAGCACUCCCACGGUUCGCGAUUGCAUUAGAAUUUUCCGGUGAAUGUUUGCUGAGGUCUGUAGACCCUGUAGACGGGAAAAAACCAACAGUAGGAAGUGGUGAUUGUUUACACGACAUAAAUCUGAUUCUAUCCAAACGUGUCCAGCAAAUUCAGCGUGUCCAAACCCAGAGAAGAGGAUUAACUCAAGAAAGGAUUACUGCUAUCCGAUUGGCGCCGAAGCUUCCGCAUUCCCGCGUGUGGUUUUAAUUAAAUGGGCAGAAGUGGGCGGAGGAGUUGGUAUCCUUUGCCGACCAGUGAUAUUGGAAUCAGCUUUGGAGAUUGAUAAAGUGUUCCCUACAGCUUAUUCUCGGAAGUGGCACAGAGUGUACAGUGUGAAGAUUAGCAGUGAAUUCCACGGCAACAGGACCACGGUGGUGGCCUCUGGAAUGCUAUUCUCGAUGCUACUACGAUGAAACCGAACGAGCUCGCAUGGGUGGAAUUUGUGAUGUGCUCAAUGGUACCUUCCAAGUGCAGGUGGUCACCUUCAAAGUGCAGGAUCUUGUCAGUGCAGUUACUGUUGUUAUUAUCGCUGUUGGUAGUUUGGCCACAAGUAGUUCCGUGUCCAGAAAAAGUGUUUUUAUUGCCAUUGCUAGCUUGGUGACUAGUGCCGGUGUCAUUACUGCUGUUGUUGCUUCCUCUCCAGCUGCCGGAAGUGAUGGUAGAUCCACUUAAAAUCUUCUGGGUACUCACAAACAGCACGUAUCUAGUUACGAAAUUCAUCCGUAUUGGAAUCGCCGACAAGAACGACAACCCACCGUACUUCGACAAGGCCCUGUACGAGGCGGAGGUGGACGAAAAUGAGGAUAUCCAGCACACGGUCCUCACCGUUACCGCCAAGGAUCACGAUGAGUCCUCGCGUAUUCGAUACGAGAUCACGAGCGGUAACAUAGGUGGCGCUUUUGCGGUGAAAAAUAUGACGGGUGCCAUUUACGUCGCCGGUGCCCUGGAUUACGAGACGAGAAAGCGAUACGAGCUACGACUAGCUGCGUCGGAUAACCUCAAGGAAAACUACACCACGGUGGUGAUCCACGUUAAGGACGUCAACGAUAAUCCACCUGUCUUCGGGCGACCAACCUACCAAGCCCAAAUCACCGAGGAGGACGACCGUAAUCUACCGAAACGGAUAUUGCAGGUCACGGCAACCGAUGGAGACAAGGACCGUCCGCAGAAUAUUGUCUACUUCCUUACCGGGCAGGGAAUCGAUCCGGACAACCCGGCCAACAGCAAGUUCGACAUCAAUCGAACCAGCGGCGACAUCUUUGUUCUGAAGCCGCUGGACCGGGAUCAACCGAAUGGCCGACCCCAGUGGCGGUUCACGGUGUUUGCCCAGGACGAGGGAGGCGAAGGUCUGGUCGGAUACGCAGACGUGCAAGUUAACCUGAAGGAUAUCAACGACAACGCGCCAAUCUUCCCGCAGGGCGUCUACUUCGGCAAUGUUACUGAGAACGGUACCGCCGGUAUGGUUGUGAUGACGAUGACUGCCGUCGAUUAUGACGAUCCUAAUGAGGGUACCAACGCUAAGCUGAUAUAUUCGAUCGAAAAGAACGUGAUAGAAGAGGAAACGGGCUCGCCGAUAUUUGAAAUCGAAGCGGAUACCGGAGUCAUCAAGACGGCCGUUUGCUGUUUGGAUCGAGAACGAACUCCGGAUUACUCCAUACAAGUGGUGGCGAUGGAUGGAGGGGGGUUGAAAGGGACUGGGACGGCCUCUAUACGCGUCAAAGAUAUAAACGAUAUGCCGCCACAGUUUACCAAAGACGAGUGGUUCACCGAGGUGGAUGAAACGGACGGUACAAACCUGCCGGAAAUGCCCAUUCUCACGGUGACGGUUCAUGAUGAGGAUGAAACGAAUAAGUUCCAGUACAAGGUGAUCGAUAACAGUGGCUACGGAGCGGACAAGUUUACCAUGGUUCGAAACAACGACGGCACGGGAAGUUUGAAAAUCGUUCAGCCACUGGAUUAUGAAGACCAGCUGCAGAGCAAUGGGUUCAGAUUCCGCAUACAGGUUAACGACAAAGGAGAAGACAAUGAUAAUGACAAAUACCACGUGGCAUACUCGUGGGUGGUUGUGAAACUUAGAGAUAUUAACGAUAACAAACCUCAAUUCGAGCGACCAAAUAUUGAAGUGUCGGUUUACGAAAAUGCCGACGUGGGAAAGACACUGGAAACGUUCAAAGCGACAGAUCCGGACCAAGGUGGUCGAAGCAAAGUGUCCUACGCUAUUGAUCGAUCAUCCGACCGACAGCGACAGUUCUCGAUCAAUCAAGAAGGAACAGUAACUAUUCAGCGACAGUUGGAUCGUGAAGUAACUCCCAGACACCAGGUCAAGAUCCUCGCAAUUGAUGACGGAAUACCACCGAAAACUGCCACCGCAACCCUAACCGUAAUUGUACAGGAUAUUAACGACAAUCCACCCAAGUUCCUCAAAGACUACCGACCGGUUCUGCCAGAACAUGUUCCUCCCCGAAAAGUAGUAGAAAUCUUAGCCACCGAUGAUGACGACCGCUCCAAGAGCAAUGGACCGCCGUUCCAGUUCCGUUUAGAUCCCGGUGCGGAUGAUAUCAUUCGAGCUUCGUUCAAGGUCGAACAGGAUCAGAAGGGCGCCAACGGAGACGGUAUGGCGAUCGUGUCAUCGUUGCGAUCAUUUGAUCGCGAACAGCAGAAAGAGUACCUGAUUCCGAUCGUGAUCAAAGAUCACGGAAAUCCCGCAAUGACCGGCACCAGUACCCUAACGGUGGUGAUAGGUGACGUCAAUGACAAUAAAAUGCAACCCGGAGCGAAGGAAAUAUUCGUGUACAACUAUCUGGGUCAGGCACCGGAUACGCAGAUUGGAAGGGUUUACGUAUACGAUUUGGACGAUUGGGAUCUUCCGGACAAGAAAUUCCACUGGGAGACAAACCACGAACAUCCCAGAUUCAAAUUGGACGAGGACACAGGUAUGAUCACAAUGCGAACAGGAACGAAAGAUGGUCGGUAUAAUUUGCGGUUCAAAGUGUACGAUCGGAAACAUACGCAGGCAGAUGUUCCGGCAAACGUAACGGUGACGGUACGGGAGAUUCCUCACGAUGCAGUGAUCAAUAGUGGGUCAAUUCGGAUAGCGGGCAUAACAGAUGAAGACUUCAUACGGGUGUGGAACUAUAGGACUCAGACAGUGACGAAAAGCAAACUGGAUCGAUUUAAGGACAAGUUAGCUGAUUUGUUGAACACGGAUCGCGAGAACGUAGAUGUGUUUAGUGUGCAGUUGAGAAGAAAGCAUCCUCCGCUUACCGAUGUGCGUUUUUCGGCACAUGGAUCACCUUAUUACAAACCUGUGAGACUGAAUGGAAUAGUGCUAAUGCAUCGCGAGGAAAUAGAGAAAGAUGUAGGUAUUAAUAUAACGAUGGUUGGAAUUGACGAGUGUCUGUACGAAAAUCAGAUGUGCGAAGGAUCGUGUACGAAUACGUUAGAUAUCAGUUCGCUGCCGUAUAUGGUGAAUGCGAACAAGACAUCGCUGGUUGGAGUGCGAGUGGAUGUGCUAGCAGAAUGUACGUGCGGUGCGAGAAACUUUAGCAAGGCGGAAUCGUGUCGAUCGUCUCCGUGCUACAAUGGUGGUCGCUGUAUGGAGACACGCUACGGGCUGACCUGUUCAUGUCCCACUGGGUACACUGGACCACGGUGUCAGCAGACGACGAGAAGCUUCCGAGGCAAUGGAUGGGCAUGGUAUCCGCCACUGGAUAUGUGCGACGAUUCACAUUUGAGUUUUGAGUUUAUAACGAGAAAAUCAGACGGUCUGCUGCUGUACAACGGACCGAUCGUUCCACCGGAGCGAGAUGAAUUACUCGUGUCCGAUUUCAUUUCCGUUGAAUUGGAGAGAGGCUAUCCAAGACUGCUGAUUGACUUUGGUUCUGGUACGUUGGAGCUGAGAGUCAAGACUAAAACGACCCUAGACAACGGCGAGUGGCACAGGCUGGACAUAUUCUGGGAUACCGAGAACGUCAGAAUGGUUGUGGAUUAUUGUAAAUCGGCGGAAGUGAACGAGAUGGAAGACGGUUCGACUCCGGAGUUUGACGAUGCGACUUGCCAGGCACGGGGGACGAUACCACCGUUCAAUGAGUAUUUGAAUGUCAAUGCUCCUCUACAGAUCGGAGGUUUUUACCGGGAGCAGUUUGAUCCGACGCACUACAGGUGGAACUAUAUGCCGAUGGGUAAAGGAUUCGACGGUUGUAUAAAAAAUCUGGUACAUAAUAGUAAGUUGUACGAUUUGGCGCAUCCUGGUUUGUCACGAAAUAGCGUAGCAGGUUGUCCACAAACAGAAGAAGUUUGUAGUCAGAGUGAACAGACCUCACGAUGCUGGGAGCAUGGCAAUUGUGUAGGCAGUUUCACCGAAGCCAGAUGUCAAUGCAGACCUGGAUGGACUGGUCCUGCUUGCAACAUUCCAACGAUACCAACGACCUUCAAACAGCAGAGUUACGUAAAGUAUGCGCUUAGCUUUGAGCCGGAUCGCUUCAGUACGCUAGUUCAGCUGAGAUUCAGAACGAGGGAGCAGCAUGGUGAAUUGUUCCGAGUGAGUGAUCAGCACAAUCGCGAGUAUGGUAUUUUGGAAAUUAAGGAUGCAAGGUUGCGGUUCCGGUAUAAUUUGAAUUCGUUACGAACGGAAGAACGAGAUAUUUGGCUGAAUGCCAUUGCCGUGGAUGACGGACAGUGGCACGUUGUGAGGGUGAAUCGACAUGGAUCCGCAGCAACGCUAGAGUUGGACGGUGGUGAAGGUAGGAGAUAUAAUGAAACGUUCACCUUUGAUGGGCACCAGUGGUUGCUAGUGGACAAACAAGAAGGCGUCUAUGCAGGGGGUAAGGCGGAAUACACUGGUGUGAGGACGUUUGAAGUUUAUGCCGACUAUCAGAAGAGCUGUUUGGAUGAUAUAAGACUUGAAGGCAAGCAUUUGCCCCUUCCACCAGCAAUGAAUGGAACGCAGUGGGGUCAGGCAACCAUGGCUCGUAAUCUCGAGCGAAACUGUCCGUCCAACAAGCCAUGUGCAAACGUUAUCUGUCCGGAUCCAUUCGAAUGUGUGGACCUGUGGAAUGAAUACGAGUGCACUUGCGGCGAAGGCCGGGUCAUGUCGCCGGACGGCAAAGGUUGCAUGGACCGGAACGAGUGUUUGGAUUUGCCCUGUCUGAACGGUGGCAUCUGCGUCAAUCAGGAGCCAAAGCUGCGGUACCGGUGCGACUGCCCGGACGGAUUCUGGGGCGAGAAUUGCGAACUCAUCCAGGAGGGCCAAACGCUGAAGCUGAGCAUGGGCGCCCUGGCUGCCAUUCUUGUGUGUCUGCUAAUCAUAUUGAUCCUGGUGUUGGUAUUCGUGGUAUACAACCGAAGGCGUGAGUCGCACAUCAAGUACCCGGGGCCGGAUGACGACGUCCGGGAGAAUAUCAUCAACUACGACGACGAGGGCGGCGGCGAGGACGACAUGACCGCCUACGACAUUACACCGCUGCAGAUUCCGAUCGGACCGAUGCCGGAACUGACGCAGUGUAAAAUGCCGCCUCUAAUGUAUCCGGUCAUGACGAUGGGACCGGGCCACGAACCGAACGUGGGCAUGUUCAUCGAGGAGCACAAGAAACGGGCGGACAGCGAUCCGAACGCGCCACCGUUCGACGAUCUGAGAAACUACGCGUACGAAGGCGGUGGCAGUACGGCCGGUUCGCUCAGCUCGCUACAAUCAGGUACCGAUGACGAAGUGCAGGAGUUCGACUAUCUGGACGCGUGGGGUCCCCGCUUCGACAAGCUGGCCAAUAUGUACGGAGACCACCACCCGACCGAGCUCGACGAGCUGCAUUAAGUGAGAGUAAAAGGAAGGAGUGGUAAACUUGCCAUGCCAUUCUACACAGUCUGCUGCUAGUCAUUGAGUCCGAGUAAAUCAGUCAGUCGAGCGCACAUAAAUUUGGACGAAGAAUUGAACAUCACCGAGAGAGAGAGAGAGAGAACGAUGGCGGAAAACCUAAUCAGUCAGUCAGCGUCUUGUCUGUUGUUCCUUCGAAAGAGACUGCCUCCUUCCUACAUUUUCGAAAGCGGAAAUCAGACGCCCACUGCCUGCAGAGAGGGAGAGUUUCCUAGCUGCGGACCGAGGUAAGGGCACAGACAAACAGAUGUAACACUUAGAAUUAAUUUCUUCAAAAUUCAUCGCCCACUUUACACCGUCAUCAUCUGGUGUGCAGAUGGUGGUAGAAAAACGAUGCGCGUUCAUCUAGUGACGUAUGGAACAGCGAAUUUGAAAAGAUCGUUGAUUGAGCGGUCGAUGCAUAAUGUUGUCAGUGUUACGUCUGUUUGCCUGUGGUUAGGGCAUUAAAGUUAUGUUUGAAUUGCAGGUUUUUAGUUGAUUCUUUUUCCUGAACGGUCUGUCGGUAGGGCAGGAUGGUUUUUGUAAGAUAAGCGAUGAUAAAGGGGAUAGCGCGCGCAACUAAACAAAGCUAAACCAAAGUUUAAUUAUUAACGUUGAUGAGGGAUGAUUAGAAAGUGCAACUAGAUGGGGGUGGAUGAGAGGAUAGUGAUGAAUAAUGAUCAAGCGAUUUUUUUUCUACGUUGGAAAAGUUCAUCGUGGAUAGAAGAAGUGGUGAAAGUUGCUGCUCCUUGUUCUGAUGUGAAGAAGAUGACUCAAAGUUCUAGAGAGAAGACAUCCCUCUACAUUCCUCUCAUUCUCUUGCCGGAAGGAUAUAACUUGACCAUCCUAUUUCAUGGCAGCACUAUAAGGAAGGAUAGAAGUUCGCUCGUUUUGAGCGAUGAUUAUUAUUAUUCCGGUGAUUCAACUUUAUACUUAUAUCAACGAGUUUUUAAUGAGUGAUGUUCUCGUUCGGGAGAAUUUUUUUGGUGAAAUUUACACAUAGGAAGAAGAGACAAGCUCAUAUACACAAACAGAUAUACAAUACUCUUGAACAGGACAGACACACUCACACGAACAGUUACACAAACACUCAAUUAUACACAGUUAAACCGGGAUAGAAACAUGUAACAAAUCUAGGGUAUAGUUAUUUAUUAAAGUUUUGUUUUAACUCAGAAGCCGAAACAAUCGAUAGCAAUGGAUAGGGGAGAAAAGCUUUUUUAUUUUUUACAGAUUUAUGUAAGCAUGAGUAUGCAUUUCGUUGUUUCUGUUCGUUAUAGCGACCCACUCAGUUUCAAAUUUGAUUUUACCGAAUCAAACACAAUACGCUGUUCCUGUUUUUCGUCUUAAGUAAGUAAAAGUUUUUUAGUAGAAAAAACUGACUCGAAAUAUUGUUUUUAUAAAACAUCGUAAGCCUAGAGACUAACACUGGUACACAGACCUAUGAAAACAAGAACAGAAAACAUCAAACAAGAAUAGGGGAGGAUCACAAAACUCGCUCUAACAUUUUAGAAAGUUCGAGAUCGUCUACAUUUUUUCCAUUUAAUCGAUCUAGGAAAAUAAGUGUUUUGAAUUCGCACAGAUUUCAGACACAAAAUAAAAUCGAUAACGAAAAUUCGUAAACUUAACGAUUAGUGUACGGUCAGAGAGAACAACUCUAAGCUAAGUAAAUCAAAUAUACAGCACAGAAUGUAGAUUUGUGGUAAUGUAAGAUCCAUUGGCCGAAAUCUACUGUAAAGUUUUAUGUAGCGCAGAUAAAUCUUAUACUGUGUGGCUAAAAACAAAGAAAUUUUGACAGAAAUAAAUCGUGGCAGAACACUUGAGUGUUUAAAGGUAAAAUUUAUUUAUGUCGUAAGCUAAUAUUAACGAGACAUGAUAUUGUACAUCCAAAGACUGUAAACGUUUGUUCUUAUAACAUUUUCGUUCAAUGUGAUUUAGUUUCGAAUUUUAAGAAUUGAUGACGAAUCAAACAGAUUCUCUGAAAACCGUUUUGUAGAUCCGAAAUAUUUGAUUUGCAUUCUUUGUUGUAAAUAUUGGUAUCUUCAGCCAUAACUCUGUCAUUCGAUCCAAAUUCUAUGGUCCCACAUUUACACUUCCUGAUAGACAACUCACACCAACGAAGUAUGAUUGCUUCGAACACAAACUUCAUCUAGAGAGAGAAAUCGUGAAAAAAAACUCAGCGUGCGAGAAACAAAAACGAGCAAACUGAAUAUGUAUUAUUGAACAUUAUUAUUAUUAUAUUAGGUGAAAACAACAAAAAACAAACGAUAUUAAUUAGUAUGCUCAUUAAUCUAGGAAAGAUAUUUAACCAAACGCCAUUACAAAAAUAGGAAACAACGGAAUACAUUUUUACUGUUAGCGACACUCAUUCACAUUCACAUUGCCAUUCGUUAAUUGAGUUCAUUUUACCGGUUGCAUUAUUAUGAUAUUGAAACGUUUUACUACUUACUCACAAAUACACAUUCACAUCUACAGUACUCAUUCAAAAUCAGUAACAAUCGCACACUCACCCAUACACUUACAUAUCCCUCCAUUCACACAAACUCUGAACUCACUUCCAUAGCUGCAAAUCUAUUUCCUCUACACACUUCAUCCCAGUAUUCAUUAAAAACUGUUCUCGAACAGAAACCAAAACAAACUGACACUGCGCGAAAUAGGAAAAUUCCGAAAUAGUUAAUUCAAAAUCCAUCUUUUUUAUUAAUAUCCAAAACGGAACCCGGAAAAUACACAACAUGUGUGCAUGGCGAAUCUCUUCGAUGACAAACACACGAUGUAAGCGACAACUCAUGUGUUAAUAGAACACGAUUCCUAAAACCAAACAAGCAAAGUCAAAUCAGCCAAGCACACAACCACAAAGAAAAUAAAAAAAAACAAUUCACACACUUUAGAUGCAAUUCAAAAAAAAAUCGGAACGAAAAAACAAACUGAUGUUACAUUAAUAGAAAAAUAAAACAGAACCGACAAACUACCAAAUUCCUAGUGUAAAUAUAGUGUUACAAUAAGUCAACGCAGAGAACGCCGGUGACUGGAGGCAGGAGUAUUUAAGAAAAUGAAAAUGCUAAUCACACACACAGGAGUAAAUACAGAACGGUUAAAAAGUUGUAUUUCAAAACUACCGAGUAAUGUUUUCUAACCCGUCUCAAACCGAUGUGUGCGAUGGAAAAAAAAUAUUAUGAUAAAAAUGUGUAAAAGACGAAUUAAGAGUACAUAAACAGAGCAAAUGGGAGAAAUAAAGGAAAAUGUUACUUAGAGAAAAAUUUUAGAACGAACUAAACACACACACACACUCAAACACAUACACACACCCAAACUGAGAAAACUAAACUAAAAACGAAACUCAACGGGCAGUCACUGGAAGGCAUUGAAACAAAUUGAAACAAACAUUCACAUAAAAAAAAAAAACAAAAUCGACGACGUUCAAUUAUGGUUUAGAACAGAGGAUAAAACAAUGCUAAAUAAAGGUACAUCCCUUUGGAGGGAGCACUCCGAAUGGAUGGAUGAAAUUAA